CAAAUUCUCAUUUGGACUUCCAGCGCGGAUAAACUGACGUUCGGCCAUACCAGGGGGCCUAUUUUCAAAUCACUCUCAUACUCGAUUACUUCAUGGUUUCACUGGCGGAGACGCAGCCAUGGCUUCUACAUCGACGAAGGCAGCUGCCACGAAAUCGAUUUUGAUUCCAUCAAUGACUUUAACGGGUCACAGAAAUGAGAUUCAAUCUGUAUCCUACUUUCCGGACGGUCAGCGAAUGAUCAGCGGAUCUCUGGACAAGACUGCUCGGCAAUGGGAUCUGAAGGAGGGCAGGGAGAUCGAGGAAGUGCGAGAUGUUUGGGAGAAGGUAUCGGCAGUGGCAGUGGCGGUAUCAAGGGAUGGUCGAUUGGUUGUCACUGGUGGUGGACAUUUCAAUUGUGCAGAGUUGAAAGCCUGUGAGGUUGAGACGGGGAGUGUGAAAACAUUCAAAAUUCCCUCACAGAAAAUCAACUGCAUUGAUAUCUCUGCAGAUAGCACGCUGCUAGCGAGCGGGGCAUUUGAUCGGACAGCGCGGAUAUGGAACUUGGAUACUGGAAAACUCGUGGCUGGUCCAUUCACGAGCUCUUGUAGCAUGGGUGCAGUUCGAUUCUCCCCAGACUCCAAGAAACUUGCGGUCAAGUCAGGCGCGGGGACGCGCCUUGAAAUUUGGGAUGUCGAAACACAAAAAUUGGAUGUGACGAGAGGGAUAUCUUGUAAUGCCACUUUCACAUUCGACACAAAUGACCAAACCAAUUGCAAGACGAUCCACGAGUUUGACGCAUCGACGCUGGAGAGUGUCGGAACUCCCUUUGAAGGGCACACCCUCAAUAUCAGUGGUCUAGCACUCUCAUUUGAUGGCGCUCUCCUCGCUAGCACUUCCUGGGACCACACCAUCAAGCUCUGGGCUUUUGAGUCCCACCAGCUCCUUGCUUCCAUUCACAAUAUUAUUUUUCCUUCGAUCCUUGUCUUCUCACCUGACUCCCACCAGCUAGCUUAUACAACAAGCCACAAAGAUGAUUGCAAGAUCUGCAUCUGCGAUAUUUCACCCGAAGCCCUUGCUCAGGCCAGCACUAGCACACGCAAAAAGUCAGCUCGCCGUGAUCUACUAAAUUCUGAUGCAGCUCCUCGUCUUCCUGCUGGGCGCCGCAGAUCACCAAUAUCUGUCGUACCCAUGGCUCCGAGACCUCCACCUACAAUAGACCUGCAGCAACCCAUGUUCCUUCGCCUCAGCAAACUUCUUCGCUUCUCUCCUCGCACGAACACUGGUCGAAACAGUCAACCUCGUGAUCCCUUAGAUUUCCCUGCUACAUCGCCCUUACCUACCAAUCGCCCUCGUGCAGAAAACGCUCUAUCGACACCCUUGCCUGGUGGCAGGGCCUUUUUCAAUCCUAUUCAGUCAUCAUCGGACAAGGGAAAACAAAAGAUGCGUGAACUGAAACGAAAAACUGUAAAAGUUGUCGAUGUUCCACUCGGACAAGCCACCUAUGGCGAUGUUGUUGGUGUGGACGACGGAAUACGACCGAACCACGCCCAGUCUAUGACGAUGAACUCGAGGACGACGAAGAGCAAGAAAAUGUUCUUGAUCCAGUCGUUUUGCCUCUUCCCGGGGUCCAGCACGAAGAAAUUGAAUUGAAAUCGAUGGCUAGUCAGUCACAACCAGAACCUGGACCAUCUCGCCUUGCAGUAGCUGAUGAACACUCAGAGGCGCAGUCUUCCUAAAUAUUUUAUCCGUUGAGCAUUUCAUCUGUUGAAUCUCGCACUGUACCUCCAGCUUUACGACUUGUUUUGGAAGAAUAAACAUAGUUGCGUCCUCACUUGAGUACAUUGACGAGUGGGCGAUAUAAUUUAGAUAUUCAAGCUUGAGAGUUUGGAAAGGGAAGCCUGAUAUGUCUACGCCUGGCAUCAAUGUAUAUGAACUCGUUCUCUGCCCAGACUAGCAUUUCAGAUUCGCCGGAUCACAGUGAGAGCUGGCUACAAA